AUGACAGGCUAUGUCGAGCCAGAAGAAAAUGAAACGCCUGGUGUCUUUGGAUAUGAAGAUGCUUCGCAAGAUGAUCAUUUUCUUAUAAAUCCAUAUCCCCAAGAUGCAAACCUUCAUGAUCAAUUCGACGGUGAUAAACUUACUGAUGAGGAAAUAGAUAGUGAAGCCCAAUUCCUUGCUAAACUUCACAAAUAUGCUGCUGAAAACGGCCAUCUUUAUUCUUCUGAUGAUCAGAGCGUUGACAUGAGCCAUCAUUUCUUUGAUCGUGUUCGCCGAAGAAAACAAAGAAUUUGUGGAGAAAUGAUUCUGAAAAUUCUAAACCAACGUUGUGGAGGAUGCUUCAGACCCGCCGAUAGCAAAGUCGUCAAGGUAGACCGUAAACGAGAUCUUACAGCCAGCAAGCGUCCUUCAAUCACGGAAAUCUGCUGUCACCAAGCCAACUGUACUGAUGAGAUCUUACAAGAGUUCUGCUGUGGUGGUCAAAGCUAG